GAACUGUCGCGUGAACAGUGAACUAGCCCCGAGCUCAGCGUCACCUUAGUGUCAUGGCAGCGCCCAUGUCUGAGUUGUCAGGAUGGUUCCCUGCUUUAGCAAUUGGGGUAACCUUCCUGAAGUGUCUUUUGAUAAACACAUAUCAUUCCACAGAUUUUGAAGUCCAUAGAAACUGGCUUGCAAUCACGCACAGUCUACCAGUUUCACAAUGGUACUUUGAGGACACCUCAGAGUGGACUCUGGAUUAUCCACCCUUUUUCGCCUGGUUUGAAUAUUGCCUGUCACAUGUGGCCAAAUAUUUUGACAAAGAAAUGCUAGUUGUGCAGAAUCUCAGCUAUGCAAGCCCAGCCACCAUUCUUUUCCAAAGACUCUCGGUUAUACUUGUGGACGUGGUGUUUCUGUAUGCGGCGCGAGAGUGCGCUAAAACUGUGGGAGACAACAAGGUGAAAGAAGUUCUUGGAAAACCGUCCUUUGUGUUGGCGGCUUUGUUGGUGUGGAACUUCGGCCUGCUGAUUGUUGACCACAUCCAUUUUCAGUACAAUGGCUUCCUUUUUGGCAUAUUGCUUCUGUCCAUCGCAAGACAUUGUCAGAGUAGACACUUAGAGGGCGCCCUUCUCUUUGCUAUCCUUCUGAAUCUGAAGCACAUUUUCCUGUACAUCGCACCUGCCUACGGCAUCUUCCUGUUGAGGUCUUUCUGCUUCACAUCAAACAACUCAGAUGGCUCAAUAAAGUGGAGAAACUUCAGUGUAGUCCGAUUGGCAGCUCUGGGGGCCAUUGUCCUGUCUGUCUUUGCGCUGUCUUUUGGACCGUUUAUCGCAAUGGGCCAGCUGCCCCAAGUCCUGUCCAGGCUUUUCCCCUUUAAGCGGGGCCUGUGCCAUGCCUACUGGGCCCCCAAUGUAUGGGCCCUCUACAACGUAGCGGACAAAGCCAUGGCCAUGCUAGGGGUGAAGCUGAAGGUUUUGGACGUUGAUAAGCUGCCCAAGGCGUCGAUGACCGGAGGGCUCGUGCAGGAGUUCCAGCAUUCCGUUCUGCCCUCCGUCAGCCCCCUGGCCACACUCAUCUGCACACUGCUCUCUAUCACUCCGGCUCUGCUCCACUUGUGGUUCCGACCCAGCGGGCCCAGAGGGUUCCUUCGCUGCGUGGUCAUCUGUGCUCUGGGCUCCUUCUUGUUUGGCUGGCACGUCCAUGAGAAAGCCAUCCUCAUGGCCAUACUUCCUCUAAGUGUGCUUGCAGUGGAGAGCAGAGCGGACGCGCGGACGUUCCUCCUGCUGGCCACUACUGGGCACUACUCUCUGUUUCCGCUCCUGUUCACAGCGCCAGAGCUCCCCAUCAAAGUCCUUCUCAUGGCCCUGUUCACACUGUUCUCCUUCACAUCAUUAAAGACUCUUGUCAGUAAGGAGGGCUGUGUGCUGGGCUCUGUGGAGGGGCUGUACCUGGCUGGACUGCUCCCCCUGGAGGUGCUGUGUGAGUGGGUGUACCCGCUGACCCCAUGGCAGAGCUCCAUGCCCUUCGCCCCCCUCCUCCUCACCUCCACCUACUGCUCCCUCGGACUCACCUACGCCUUCUGCAGACUCUACCGCUCUCUGCUCACCAGCCAGGCCCUCAAACACAAGGACAAGUCUCAGUGAGUGUGUGUACUGGACCCUCGGAGUUACCUAGUCCUUCUGCAGACUAUCUCUAGUAGAGACCUGUCUCCACUGAAGGGCCAGUCUCUCACACAUAAUGACAAGUCUGUGUGUGUACAUACUGUAUGUCCAUGUUUUCAUGAGUGUGUGUGUGUGUGUGUGUGUGUGUGUACAUGAUGGUGUGAAUUUCUGUGUUUACAUGUGUGUGUCUGAGUGUGUGUGUUUAUGUUAAAGGAUGCAUAAAUCUAGUUACUAUUGCACUUAUUGAUUGUGAAGAAUGAAAUGCAGGUUUCAGUGGGAUUAAGUUGGGCUUGGCUAGAGUUCCAGUAAUGUGAUUUCAUAUUCUGUCCAGGGGUUAGUAUUGGGGCUGCUCAAUGAAAAUAGACCAAAUAGAAAUGAGUUGGUUUUUUUCUACUGUUAUCCCGUU